CCACCACCACCAUCAGCAGCAGCAGCAGCAGCAGCAACAGCAGCACCUCCACCACAGCAGCAAUUAUCCCCAUCAGCUGGCUGCCAUGGCAGCUUUCCAACAGCACCACCAGCAGCAACAGCAGCAGCACCAUCACCACCAGCGGUUGCAGCAGCAGCAGCGUCUGCCCUGUCAGCCGCUUGCCUGGCCACCGUCCGUGCCUGGCGCUGGCAUCAUGUUGCCACCGCUGUCCAGCAGCAGUAGUAUGCAGCAGCGGGGCACAGGGCCGCCGCUGUCAACUCCACCAGCGCCACCACCGCCGCCGCCGCCGCCGCUAUUGUCUGGAUCUGGAGCGGCUGCGUACGGCCAAGCACCACCGGCGCAGCCGCCCAGUUUCUUUGCCAGUCCACUGCACCACGCAGCGUUGAUGGCACCACCACACCCGCUGUCCAAUGAGCGCUUCGCGGCACCACCAACGCCGCCAACGAGCGCACCGUCCCACGGCGGGCAUGCCUUCAAUUUCUUCAAUGCCAAGAUGCUGCUCAACUGAGCGGCAGUAACAGCCAUUUAACAUAAGUCUAACAGUGAACUAACAGUGCACUUAAAUGCUGUACUUAAAACAGACGCAGAAAUCUCAAAUUGUGCAGGAACACAAAACACA